AUUCGCACAGUAAUUCUCGAAUGGCGUCAACAACAACAAUUGACGUGGAUAAUUUUGACGAUAUUGACACGCAGGAUGGUGGGAUGGAAAAUUUAAAGUUUCAAGAUAUUCCACAUGACAGUUCUCAUAAAGAUGAUGGUCAGACACAUCAGUUCACCGACUUCCCCCACACAGCUGCUGAUUCAGAUGAUGAUGACGAUGACAGGGCUAAGCUUAUCAAGGAGAAGAGUACCUCAUCGUUUUGGACAUUUGCAUACUAUCAGCAGUUUUUUGAUGUUGACACGAAACAAGUUGGGAGAAGAAUAGUCGGUUCAAUGGUCCCUAGGCCAGGACAGAAUUAUCUCCAAAAACACAUAAGGCCAAAUCCAGAUUUAUAUGGUCCUUUUUGGAUUUGCACCACACUAGUAUUUACAACUGCAAUAGCUGGUAAUCUUGCUAAUUACUUUAGCUCUGCAGGGAAGUAUUAUAAAUGGAAGUAUGACUUUCACAAAGUGACAUUUGCAGCAACAGCUAUAUUUAGCUACUGGUGGCUUAUACCACUCUUUCUGUUUGGCAUUCUGUGGUGGCGUGGCAGUCAGGCCAAGUUCACCUUUUUAGAGAUGAUCUGCAUAUAUGGCUACUCUUUGGCUAUUUACAUUCCAAUUUCUAUUUUAUGGGCAAUUCAAGUCUCUUGGCUACAAUGGGCACUUGUGGUAGUUGGGGCAGUUAUGUCAGGUAGUGUUCUGCUCAUGACAUUCUGGCCAGCUGUUAGUGAAGAUAACAAAAAGAUUGCCAUUGGGUUGAUGGUUUUCAUUUUUGUGAUGCAUGCUGCAUUGGCUACUGGUUUUGUGUUGUAUUUCUUCUAUGUGCCAUCAGCACAGGCAGAUAGUAUAGAUACCAACAGCACAACCAGCACACCUGUCAUGUUCUCCACAACAGCCAUCCCAGCACAGCUCAAGCAGAUUAACAACAUUAUUGACGGCAAUCAGACCAAUGAGGUUAUAAAAGAUCAAGCAGAUCCUGGGAAGCCUGCAGAGAAGCUUCAGAAUCGCAGCAGAAACUCUCAGUUAGAUAAAACUGAAGGUGUAAAUACAAGUAAUAUACCAAAUAAAUCUGGAGGGUUCAACGUAACGCACAUAAACAGCACUGAUACAGCAUUAAAUUUCUCUGGAACUGUCAGAUAAUUAAAACAUAACCUGACUUUUAUGUUGAGACAUGUUUUGGGUGUCCAUUUUGAUAUGAAAUUAUUUAUGAACAAAACAAGUGAACUUUUUGUUUAGGGUUUUUUUUUGUUUAGCAUAUAGCAAAAUGUCAUCUAAACAGGGAGAUAAGUAUUGUGUUCCUGGUAACUAAUUUACACUAAGCACAAUUUAUUUGUAUAAUUUCUUAGUCCUUAAUUGCUUUAAAAAAAUGUUCCUUAAUAUAGCUUAUAAGUAUAACACAUGUGGCAGAACAUAAUUUGUAAUCUUAGAAUUCGACAUAAGACAGAUUGGUCAAAGUGAAGGUUUACUGUAGUAAAAAUGUUACAUUUUAUGACCUUUUUGUUUAUUCAGUUAAAAAACAACAUAAAAAAUUGUUUUAAGAACAUGUUUUUAAAAAGUUAGCAGCUGUUCAUGUUCUCAAAGUUUGAUUAGUAGGUCUUCUAAAUCUGAUGUUUUAGGUGUGGAUAGGAGUAAUUGGGAUAUUAAUUACCAAUAAUGAUUAAGUUUUAAUGUUGACCAAUAGAAGUUAGUGUCUUUGGAAGGGUUUUUGAAAAUCAUUUUUAAAAAUUCCUUUCUGCUGGUUAUACAAACAUCUUUUACUACUAAGCUUCUAAAUUCAAAUUGUUUUUAUGCAACAUGGGGACAAGUAUUGAUUUUCAUUCUCGAGGUGACUCUACUCAUAGACAGUUGUUUUUUGUUUUUCUUUUGGCACUAAAAAAUAGUUCACAAUUUGUAUUUUUUUAAAUGUGCCUUGGAGAAUCUGUGUUGUAAGCACUUCAUUUUACAAAGUAUGGCACCAUAUAAGGGUUGAUCUUUUGCAAUAAUUUUUAAGUAGAAAUCAUAUUGGGGAAUUUUGAAUUUUAAAAAAUAUAUUGUAUUACAAUUGAAUAAAAAUGAAUAAAUGUGUGGGUAGUUUUUUUAUUUUGUUUUCGUAAAAAAUAAAAUGACUAUGAAAGGGUUAAACAAGAUAUUCCUGUGAUAUUUUGUAUAUAUGAACUCAUGUUUGAGACAUGCUGUAGCAUUUUUUGUUUUAUCUGCUAGAUCUAACCAAUGAAGCACUUUUAUUUAAUACCAUGAACUCUUGUGUUGCUCAUUCAGGGCGUAUUGCCAUCAUAAAUAAAAUUAUUAGUAAUUUUUUUUCUUUUUUUCUCAUCAUUCUAUUAAUAAUUAAAAAGAUUUUUAUUGUUCUUUGAUAUAUUAAUAAAUAGCAGUGUCAUGACUUGCUUGUGUAAAAUAAUGGGAAAAUAAUUAAAAGAUAAGGU